GAGAUGCUGGAGAGGAAGUACGGAGGGUACUUGCUCAGUCGGCAGGCGGCGCGCACCAUCCAGACGGCGUUCCGUCAGUACCGCAUGAACAAGAACUUUGAGCAGCUACGAAGCUCCGCCUCCGAGAGCCGGAUGACUCAACGUAUCAUCCUGUCUGACAUGAGACUGCAGUACUCGUUUGACGAGCGGCAGGGCCAGCCUCAGGGCCAAGGGGUUCAGCAGGGACAGAGGUAUCCUCACCCUGGAGGCCACCCUGGGGAUGAAGAGAUGCAGGCUGGGUCUCCUCCACGCUGCGAGGGGGACAGAGAGGAGUACACAUACCUGGACGAGACCUUCUCCAAACAGGUGAAGUCCCUGGCUGACUCCAUUGAUGACACCCUGACCUGUCAGUCUGGUGUGGAAGACAGUCAGCAGGAGGAGGAGGAAGAGGAGGAGGAAGGUGACGGAGACGAGACAGGGGUGGAGGUGGACGACUUCGGAGAGCUCUCGUCCUCUCCCCUGUCCUUGGACCGGGCCCCCAGCAGCCCAGAUACAGAGUACUGGAGCCCUGGAGUGUGUGGCGGCAGGGUGGGGGGGUUUGAAGACAGCCGGGACACAGAGGGAGGGGGCAACAGUAACAGCCGACGCAGCACCCCCUGUACAGAGUGUAGAGACUACAGCCUGAGAGAAGCUCACCUACCCCUGUUGACCCUCGAACCCCAGAGCGACAGCUCUGUUGAUAUGAGUGACGGCUCGGGCUCUAUUGGCCGACGGGUCUACGAGACAGAACCAGGGGGAGGAGUUGGUGGAGGGGGGUCACCUCAGGGCACUAUUAAACAUAACCCCCACCCAAAGCCUCACCCCAACACCAACGGGCGUGCUGUCCCCAUACCUCCCCAGGCCCAAGGCCAGACUCGUACUGUGCUUCCUCACCACCCCCACCCCUCGGCCAUCCCCUCCCACCUGCCCUACCACACCAUCCUACACCACCACCAUCAGCUCCCAUAUUACCCUAUACACCCCCACCACCCACACCCCAAUACCCCCUCCUCCUCCUCUCAGUCCCUCCAGGGACCACCCCUCACCCCCCUAUUUUCCUCCUCAUCAGCCACACUGCCCCUUGGUGGCCAGGAGCAGGUCUGCUGUUCUGACGGAGACAACGACUCUCUCAGCUCCACCACCAACUCUAACGACACCAUCAACUGCUCCUCCGGGUCCUCAUCGCGCGACAGCCUCCGGGAGCCGCUCCCACCGCUCGGGAAACAGACCUAUCAGAGAGAGAGCAGACACAGCUGGGAUAACCCCGCCUCUAACAACGACGUGGUGCAGAGACGACAGUACCGCAUCGGACUCAACCUGUUCAACAAGAAGCCAGAGAAGGGUAUACAGUACCUGAUAGAGAGAGGCUUCGUAUCGGACACACCGGUAGGCAUCGCCCGCUUCAUCCUGGAGAGGAAAGGACUGAGCAGACAGAUGAUAGGAGAGUUCCUGGGCUGCAGACAGAAACAGUUCAACAAGGAUGUACUGGAUUGUGUGGUAGAUGAGUUGGACUUCUCAGGGAUGGAUCUAGAUGAUGCCCUCAGGAAGUUUCAGGCCCAGAUUAAAGUCCAGGGAGAGGCCCAGAAGGUGGAGAGACUGAUCGAGGCUUUCAGUCAGCGGUACUGUGUGAGUAACCCGGUGCUGAUCCGACAGUUCCGGAACCCCGACACCAUCUUCAUCCUGGCCUUCGCCAUCAUCCUCCUCAACACUGACAUGUACUCUCCCAACGUCAAACCAGAGAGGAAGAUGAAGUUGGAGGACUUCAUCAAAAACCUCAGAGGAGUGGAUAAUGGCCAGGACAUUCCCAGAGACCUGUUAAUAGGAAUCUACCAUCGGAUAGAGAAAUGGGAGCUACGCACCAACGAUGACCACGUGUCUCAAGUACAGGCUGUGGAGAGGGUUUUGGUUGGCAAGAAGCCUGUGCUCUCGCUGUCCCACCGCAGAUUGGUGUGUUGCUGUCAGCUGUACGAGGUGCCUGACCCUAACAGAAACCAGAGGACUGGAGUCCACCAGAGAGAAGUCUUCCUCUUCAACGACCUGCUCGUGGUAACCAAGAUCUUCCAGAAGAAGAAGACCUCUGUGACAUACAGUUUCAGACAGUCCUUCCCCCUGGUCGAGAUGCACGUUCACAUUUUCCAGAAACAAUACUAUCCCCACGGUAUCCGUCUGACGUCAGCCAACCCUGGCGGAGAGAGGAAGGUUCUGAUCGUGUUUAAUGCUCCGAGCCAGCAGGACAGAACGCGUUUCACCUCCGACCUGAGAGAGAGCAUCGCUGAGGUGCAGGAGAUGGAGAAAUACAGGGUGGAGUCGGAGUUGGAGAAGCAGAGAGGAGUGAUGAGGCCUGUUGUGGCCGGGUCUGACGGUGGUGGUCCCAGCGGUGGCGUGAAGGCGGUGAACGGCACUCUGGGUAGGCCCAGUCUGGACGACAGCUAUGCCUCUGCAGAUGGACUCAAACGUACUGCGCUCAACUCAUCACUGAGAGACCUAGCAGACACAGGAAAGCGGGGCCGACGGAACAGUGUUGGCUCCCUGGACAGCACUAUGGAAGGCUCCAUCAUUAACAGUCCCAGGACUCAUCAGCGCCCCCACAUGGCUGGGGGUGUAAUGCCACCCGGCUGCUAUGACAUCCAAGACUACCGGCCUCACCACCCCAUCCUGAGCCCCGGGACGGGAGUGGGGGGUGGGCCGGGGCUAAAUCACAAUACCGCUACUGGGACGACGGCACUGGGUCCCAGCAGUGGAGACCGAGGGGGGACGGGAGCCCUGGGGAGCGGGUCUGGAGGGGGAGGGGGCAGUGGAGGCUCCUUCCUUGGUUCCCUGUUCGGGAGCAAGCGCUCCAACACCAAGCCCCCUGGUCCUCUCCCCUCUCUCCCCCCUCUCCUCCCACCUGGGCUGCCACACUACCCUGCACCUGUCCCCCGCCCACCACCGGCGGCCCGCCCCCACACUCCCCCUCCGCCCUCAGCAACUCCGACCCAGGAGGGCCCUCCAAGAUCCAGGCCCUGCACGCCCAGUACUGCCACAACAGUACCGCAGUGCAGCAGCCUCCUCCAUCCUACUACCAUCAUCACCACCGCUACCACACCCAGACAGGGGCCGCUCCCAGCCAGCCCUCCUCCACCGCCCAGGGGGCCCCUGGGCCUCAUACCAUCCACAGGGGCCCCCUGGUUGGGGUCCCCAAGCGGCCGGGCCCCAGUCCUGCUCCCUCCCAGCUGCAGCAGCAUGGUGUACAGGGUCAGGGGGGGUUCUAUACCAACAUGGGGGUUUCUAUGGGGGUAG